CUUGGACUUGGAAAUGCCAAUAAAUGUAAAUACACUAGCUACCAGCCUACCACCAAUCCUCACUCUCCAUUCUCUUAUCAUUGUUUCGGUAGUAUUCAUCUUUUCAAGAGAUGGGAAAAUUUCUUUUGACAUUUGCAGUCUUGCUUCAGUUCUGCUCUUAUUUGGCUAUCAAUGUUAAUGCGUUUGCUCCAUCUGGGUGGAGGAAAGGUCAUGCUACAUUUUAUGGAGGUAGUGAUGCCUCAGGAACUAUGGGAGGGGCUUGUGGAUAUGGAAACUUGUAUUCUGCUGGUUAUGGGACCGGGACUGCUGCUUUAAGCACUGCUUUAUUCAAUGAUGGAGCUUCAUGUGGGGAAUGUUACAGAAUUAUGUGUGAUUUUCAAACAGACCCCAGAUGGUGUAUUAAAGGCAAGUCUGUGACCAUUACUGCAACAAAUUUCUGCCCCCCUAAUUAUGCUCUUCCAAACAACAAUGGAGGCUGGUGCAACCCUCCUCUCCAGCACUUUGAUAUGGCCCAGCCUGCUUGGGAAAAGAUUGGUAUUUAUAGAGGAGGAAUCGUGCCUGUUUUGUUUCAAAGGGUUCCUUGCAAGAAGCAUGGAGGAGUCAGAUUCACCAUUAAUGGAAGAAACUACUUCGAGCUUGUCUUGAUUAGCAAUGUGGCUGGAGCUGGAUCCAUUCAAUCUGUGUCCAUUAAAGGCUCAAAAACAGGCUGGAUGGCAAUGUCAAGAAAUUGGGGAGCUAACUGGCAAUCUAAUGCUUAUCUCAAUGGCCAGUCUUUGUCCUUUAAAAUCACAAGUACUGAUGGACAGACCCGAUUCUUCACGGACAUUGUUCCAGCAAACUGGGGAUUUGGCCAGACUUUCUCUAGUUCAGUACAGUUCUAAAAUAAUUAUCAGCAGCUUUAGAGUUCAGAGUCUAAAUUGGCCGAGGCGUGCUUAUAAUUUUACUAGAGCAGCCCGCCACAAUUAUUUUUCUGAUGAUGGCUGGGACAAUAAGGUUCUGGCUCUGGAUUAUGAUUUGAAGAGGGAGGGUGAGGAAAGGAACCCAUGGACUCAAGGCUAGCUGCUACUGAGCUGUUGUGCUUUAGUGAUCACGGAUUUGCAGAGUUGUAUUUUUGUAUUUAUAUAGUUAUUGCAACUUAAUAUGAAGCGCAAUCAUUUUGCAGCUUAAUAAUAUAAAUAAUAUUUUUGUUUUGGUUA